UUUGGGUCCUUAGCGGCGCGGUCCGACUCAUCUCGGCCCGGGGAUGGCGUCCCCACGGGAACUGACUCAGAACCCACUGAAGAAGAUCUGGAUGCCAUAUAGCAAUGGGAGACCUGCUUUGCACGCCUGUCAACGUGGUGUUUGUAUGACCAACUGCCCAACGCUCAUUGUCAUGGUGGGCCUGCCUGCCAGGGGCAAGACCUACAUUUCUAAGAAACUGACCAGAUACCUGAACUGGAUUGGUGUACCUACUCGGGAAUUCAACGUUGGCCAGUAUCGCCGGGACAUGGUCAAGACGUACAAAUCUUUUGAGUUUUUCCUCCCAGACAAUGAAGAGGGCCUGAAAAUCCGGAAGCAGUGUGCCCUGGCAGCCCUCUGUGAUGUCCGGAGGUUCCUCAGUGAGGAGGGGGGACAUGUGGCGGUUUUUGAUGCAACCAAUACCACCCGAGAACGGAGAGCAACCAUAUUUAAUUUUGGAGAACAGAAUGGCUACAAGACAUUUUUUGUUGAAUCCAUCUGUGUGGAUCCUGAGGUCAUAGCUGCCAACAUUGUGCAAGUUAAACUGGGCAGUCCUGAUUAUGUCAAACCGACCAGCGAUGAGGCCACAGAGGAUUUCAUGAACGCAUUGAGUGCUAUGAGAACUCCUAGAUGGUCACUGGAUGAGGAACCUGGACAGGCUCUUAGGUGGAUCAAAAUCAUGGACGUGGGGCAGAGCUACGUGGUGAACCGUGUAGCUGACCACAUCCAGAGCCGAAUCGUAUAUUACCUCAUGAACAUCCAUGUGGACUCCCCGCUCCAUCCUACCUCUGCCGGUCAUGGGGAGAGUGAGCUCAACCUCAAGGGCCGGAGUGGGGACCCAGGACUAUCCCCCCGGGGCAGGGAGUUUGCCAAGAGUCUGGCCCAAUUCAUCAGUGACCAGAACAUCAAGGAUCUGAAGGUCUGGACGAGCCAGAUGAAGAGGACGAUCCAGACAGCUGAGGCUCUGGGUGUGCCCUAUGAACAGUGGAAGGUUCUCAAUGAGAUUGAUGCGGGUGUUUGUGAGGAGAUGACCUAUGAGGAAAUCCAGGAUCAUUAUCCAUUGGAAUUUGCCCUGCGGGACCAGGACAAGUACCGGUACCGGUACCCCAAGGGUGAGUCCUAUGAGGACCUGGUCCAGCGUCUAGAACCAGUCAUCAUGGAAUUGGAGAGGCAAGAGAAUGUGCUAGUUAUCUGCCACCAGGCUGUGAUGCGGUGUCUUCUGGCCUACUUCCUUGACAAGGCAGCAGAACAGCUGCCCUACCUCAAGUGUCCACUGCACACAGUCCUGAAGCUGACCCCCGUGGCUUAUGGUUGUAAAGUGGAAUCCAUAUUCCUAAAUGUGGCAGCUGUGAACACGCACCGGGACAGGCCUCAGAAUGUAGACAUCUCUCGGCCUCCAGAGGAAGCCCUUGUCACAGUCCCGGCUCACCAGUGACCGUUUCUCAUCCACUGCAACCCCUGGGCAGGCAUUGAUCUCUGCAGACAAGAUCUGUGUGUGUGAUAGUCACCAUGCAGGAAUACUCUCAAAGCAAUGUACGGCUGGCAGCACCCAGAGUCCCUGCCCAGCUCACCUGCCUCCUUGUUGACAAUUAGUAACAGGGUUGGGCAUGGCUGCUAUCCUGCUGCUAAGAAUCACUGGGCUAGACUGUGCCGUGUAGGUGGGCUAAGGCUGCCCAGCAGCUGGCCCCUUUGUUGCAGUUUUCAGGUGGCCACUCUCACCAGGCCAGUUGGCUUUGUGAAGUGUAUAUCCCUAAAUGUGAAGCAGAAAGUCUCAUUGGGAUGUUGUCACUGUGGCCCAACUGUCUGGGGUGGGUGAAGUGACCUCCUGCAGGAACUUUACUAUCUUCUCUGUGGCCUCUUGCUGAGCCAGUGGCCAGGUCUUCAUGGAUCCCUGAGCAUCUGCUGCCUCAGGUGAGAGGGAGAACCUUCCCCAUCCUUCCCUGGCAAGAAUUGAAGAGCAGAAGACACUCACCAGGUCCUUAGGUACAUAUUACUCAUAUUUCUGGACUUUCAUGAAAGCAACACACUGCUUUGGCAUCUUGUGAUGCUAUAAAAACAUGUAGGAAGAACAGCAUUUGUGGUCGCCCCUUCCCAACUCUGUAUACACUGGAAUAUGGGGGAGCUGGUGGCCAAGGCUACCCCUUCCCAACUGGUCACAGUGCAACCACGUAAAGACUGGGCAGUUGUACAAGUUACCUUUCUGGUGCACACACCGAAGUGCUCAAGGGGAAGCCUGGGUCUCCCCUUCCCCAGCUGUGUCCACUGGCAGCCAGGGAGAAGGUUGCCUCUUGCCUGUUGCAGCCUCUGUUCACACAAGAAUGUAUAUUGGUGGCAGAAACAUGCAUUUACCAUAAAUGGUUCAGAAAAACUUGUGGUCCUGUAAAAUCUGUCCUAAUGUUUAUUGACUUCUACCUGUGAGACUGAGGAAGGAGAAGACAGAGGUAGUCCCUGGCGAAGGGAGAAUUUCUCCAACUGCAUCACAACUUUGAUUCAUGUGUGUAAGAGCCUUGUGAAAAUAGCCUUGCGAAGUCUGGCAUCUGUCAUGCCCUGCUGAGUUCUUUCGGGUCCAGGCAGUGGGUUCUGGAUCCAGUCAGUCAGGUUAUGGGUCAGGGCUGGAAAAUGUCUGGGUGGACUAGCAGUCAGAUGCCCUUCUGUCAGAUGCCACAGGUGGGCAUUGGUGAAACCGUGCCCAUGGAUGCCCAAGCCAACUUUUUAUCCAGAAUCUUUCCAUACCUGUGCCUGGCUAGAGCAGCCUACCUUUCUAGCCUCCCCUGGGCUUCGCAGCCUACAGGUACUACCUGUCCCUGAGAGAAGCCACUGUCCCUGUCCCUGGCCAGUGGUCUCUCAUCCUUGUGUGCUGUAGUAUCUGUGGACAAAUACAGGUAGAGAGAUGUCUAGGAUAGGGCUAGGACAGGAUCCUCCUCCUGGAAUUACCUCCUUUGGAGUACUGAGCCCCAAACUGAGGUCAGAGGACCAAAACCACUGCCUUUGGGACAUGGAGACUAUAGCCUUUGCUUCUGUGUCCUUUGAAGUUUUGGUGACUUUUGUCACCUCCUGAAUACACUCACUUAUUAGCCAUAGCAGGUUCCUUUGGUCAGUGGCUGUGCAUUUAUAUCUUGAUGUCACCUGAAGCAAGACCACUGAAUCCCUGGUUCUCCAUGUACAGAGGGGAGGCAGGAGCUGCUGGACAUGGAUGUAUUACAAAGACUAGGGAUAGGGCGGAGGGAAGUCUGGAGUUGGGGCACGUGCAAGGAUCAGCCCUUUCCCUCAGCAUUGGCCUGGAGAAGCCUCUGUAUGGGCAGCCACAUGCCUGGUUGGCUGCCAGGCAGCUGGAAUGAUUGAUGUGCCCAAGUUGUAGAUGUUUUCCUGCUUUCCUGGGAAUGGAUGAUACAAAUUUCAGCUACAAAUCACACUGUGUCCAGAAUUCUUUGCAAUAAAUACUUUUUAAAAACAUGAUAAUUUAAGCUUGAAUUUUGUAGCCAGUUCUCCACUUGGGAAGUAUUCUCUUUGCCAGUUCUGUACAUGCCCCAUAUAGAGGUCUUUCUUGUUAGUCUGUGUGGGGACCCUUGGUUCAACUCCCACCCUCAGGGGACCUCUGGUCACUGAAGAGGAGUUAUGUUGCCCUGAACUGAGCCCUGAGCUAUACAGGAGGCCUUCCUUGAAGGGUGCCCCACCUGGCUCCCUUCAGGGGCCCCUGGGUUCAUGAACUGAUUUUGUUGGAAAAUUACAGUCAGGAUUUUGUUAGCUGAGCUACAGGUUCUGUUGUAUAAGUAGAACUCUGCUGGCUUCCCAUCUAUUUUUGUUCUGGGGGCCUGGUGCUUAAUUCCCUACUGUGAAAGAUCCCCACAGGUCUGACUGUUCAGAUUAUCUACAAGCCCUACAUGCCCUACAUGUCAUGGUCUCUGUACCUCUUUCCUCUGGCAGCUCAACACUGCUUCUUAACUGUUGUUACCUAGGAUCCUGUUAUCUAAAUUGAAAUCUAAGAGCCCCCCCCCUUUCUCUUUUGUGUGUGUGUGGUACUAGAGAUUGAACCCAGGCAUAUUCUUACCACUGAGCUACAUCUCUAGCCCCUUUUAUUUCUUAUUUUGACACAGGGUCUCACUGAAUUGCCCAGGCUUCUUAAACUUUAUGUUGUUUUAGUCAUUCAGUUUGUUGCACUUAGUUACAGUAGUCUUAACAAGUUUUUCAAAGAUGCUCCCCUCAGCAGUGAAAUUCCCAAGACCUCAGUGAAGAGAGUAUUUUCUGGGCAUUUUCUGGGCCUUUUCUAGGAAUUCAGGGAAAGGGUGAGUUGUCCAUGAUAACAUUUCAGUCCCAACAUUUAUUUUGCGUGAAUGACUAGAUCUUGAGGUUUUGAAUUCUUUCCCCUACAUUGUACUAGGGAGAUUUGGGCAUCUGCUAUGGUUUGGAUAUGGCUUGGGUGUGUUCCCAAGCUUUCAUAUGAUGAAAGCUUGGUCCUCAGUAUGUCGUUGCUGAGACGUGGAGGAUCUUUAACAGGUAGAGUCCAAACAUAGGCCUGUAAUUCAAGAGAUGGGGGAGGCCGAGGCAGGAGGAUUGUAAAUUUGGGCAAGCCUUGGCAAUUUUGUGAGACACUGUUUUAAAAUUUAAAAAAGGGCACUGGGCAUGGUGAUGCAUGCCUAUAAUCCCAGUAACUCAUGAAGGUCAGGCAGGAGGAUUGCAAAUUCGAAGCCAGUAUUAACAAUU